CAAGUAUUUUGGCUGUUGAUCCUGUUGAUACCACUCUUCCCUGCUCUUGCUGCUUCCCUGUUGACUGAAGUUGUUCAAACUCAAGUCUGUUGCCAAAAGAGCAGCACCAUCCUCGACAGCACAUUUCUGCACCUCCCUCUGUGGUCCUGACGAACUUCUUCUGGUGUCAGUAACAGAUCGUUUACCAUGAGCAAUUCUACUCCAACUACAGACAAUGAGAAGAAAAAAAUCAAAGGGGGCAAAUCACAAUGUUUGCCUUCACGUGUCCUUCAUAUUCGUCAAAUUCCAAGUGAUGUUACUGGAGCAGAAGUCAUUGCAUUAGGUCUCCCUUUUGGCAAAGUAACCAAUUUCUUGAUGCUAAAAGGAAAAGGUCAGGCAUUUUUGGAAAUGGCUUCUACAGAAGCUGCUGUUUCUAUGGUGAACUACUAUACUCCUGCUACACCUCACCUCCACAAUCGGCCAGUUUAUAUUCAGUAUUCCAAUUACAAAGAACUUAAGACUGAAAAUCUACAUAAUCAGGCUAGAGCCCAGGCUGCAUUGCAAGGUGUGAAUGCUGUGCAGCAUGGAAGCCUGGCUAUUACAAGUGCUCUUGAUGGUGAAGGUGGACACCUUCCAAGUCAAGGUUCUGUUCUUCGAAUCGUUGUUGAAAAUGUUUUUUACCCUAUCACUUUAGAAAUGCUGUAUCAGAUUUUCUCUAAAUUUGGAUAUGUCUUGAAGAUUGUCAUGUUCCAUAAGAACAAUCAAUUCCAAGCGUUGCUCCAAUACGCUGAUGCAAUGAAUGCAUAUUGUGCCAAAAUGUCUCUGGAUGGCCACAGUAUCUAUCCUGGGUGCUGCACUCUGCGUAUUGAUUUCUCCAAGUUAACUACCCUAAAAGUAAAGUACAACAAUGACAAAAGCAGAGAUUUCACUCGCGUUGAUCUUCCUUUUGGUGAUGGCCAACGAACCCUGGAUGCAUCUUUAGCUGCUACCUUUGCCACUCCAAAUACGAUAUUCCCAUCAUAUCCAGGGGCUGCUGGAUUUGCCCAACCCUUGGGCUUUCCUCAAGGUGCUGGUAUUUCAGUUCCAGCUGCUCCUGGAGCACUUGGUUCUCUCACAAUCACCCCGUCAACAGUGUCUGGACAGAUUCCUGGUGUUACUGGUAUUCCAGGAAAUUCUGUUUUACUAGUCAGCAACCUCAACCCUGAAGCCAUCACACCAUAUGGACUUUUCAUCCUAUUUGGUGUAUAUGGUAAUGUGCAUCGUGUGAAGAUUAUGUUUAAGAAAAGAGGAAUUGCUUUGGUUCAGAUGGCAGAUGCAACCCAGGCUCAAUUAGCUAUCAACCACUUGAAUGGACAGAGGCUUUAUGGAAGGGUCAUGCAUACUACUCUUUCAAAAUAUCAGACAAUUCAACUUCCUCGUGAAGGGCAAGAAGACAAAGGUCUGACAAAGGACUAUAGCAAUAGCCCUUUACAUCGCUUUAAGAAUCCUGGCUCUAAGAACUGCCAAAAUAUUUUUCCUCCAUCUGCCACCCUGCAUCUCUCCAACAUCCCGCCUUCUGUUACUGUUGAUGAUUUGAAGAACCUUUUUGCAAGUAAAGGAUCUACUGUGAAAGCCUUCAAAUUUUUCCAGAAAGAUUGCAAAAUGGGUCUUAUCCAACUGGGCUCUGUGGAAGAAGCAGUUCACGCUCUCAUUGAGCUUCACAAUCAUGACUUUGGAGAAAACCAGCAUCUCCGAGUUUCCUUCUCAAAAUCUACAAUAUGAAUUUUCUGUGCACUUUCCUUUUAAUAUAGUAAAAUCUUCAGAGACUGAGAAAGCUGAGACCAGCUCUGUCUCUUAAAAGAAGAAGCUCAUUCAUACACAAAGAAUUAGGUGAUGAUUCUGAAUUUUCUGAUUCUAUCUGCAAGUAUGUGAUCCAUAGAAAGAUUAUUCUGUGAAAUAGCUUUAGCAACAAUAUUUAUCAAAUUUCCUACUUAAAAUUAUAUUUUGAGAACAUCCUUUACGUUUUUAUUCUAAAUUAGCCUUAGAAAACAUUUUAGAGUGCUUUUACAAUACACCAAACAAAGAGUAUUAUUAACAAAAUGGUAAAUAUACUCUACGAAGAUUAAACACUAAUUUCAAUGCAAAGUAGCGCUCGGGUUUCUUGAAGAAAAGCAAGCAGUGACUGUGAGUAUCCUCUAAAUAGUAUUUAUGUUACCAGGGUGUGGAUUUAUACUUUGGCAGUUCUUUACAAAUAACUUGUGUCAUAUUAAUAUAAUACGAAAAUAAAUUACAGUAGCCCGGCUUACUCUUUGGGGGUUCAGAGCCAAAUCCUCUUUAUUCAAAUGAAACAACACCUUAUGUACGGGAGUUCAAAGUAACACGUGACUCCUCUGACCAAUCACCAGGGGUACCUCAUUAUCCAUGUUCAUGGGAGUACAUUUGGACUUCAUUUCCCAGGGUGCCUCAUCCAGCAUUCUUCCUGAAACCCGACUCCUACAAUAACUUGUUUAUAAAAAUAAAAAGUCUGUGCUGUUCCUACAGAUUAAAUUAUUAGAGGAAAGGCAGUGCCUUUUCCUUGUGGAAUAAAGAUAUUUCACAAGUUUCUUCAAGUUGUAGGAUCAGACAUUUAGGUUGAUUUAACCGUGGGAUGGAAGUUUGAUGUCCUAUUUUUACUAUGAAGUGAUGGGUAAUAGUACUUUGGAGAAUAUAAAACAAGAAAAUAGUCGUGAUUUAAAAUAAAUUUUUGCAUUUCUCUAAAUAAUUGUUUACAAUGUUAUGGAAAAUAUUCAGGUCUGUGAUGGUUUGAUAGGUUUUAAAGAAGUUAUUUUUGUUAAGGUUAUCUUUGGGGGCAGAAAAAACCCCACCUUUAAGAGGUUUUUUUACCACUAAUGUCUAAUACUUAAAUAAAUGUGUAUUUACCUUAUUUCUUAUUAUGUGCCUUAUAUGUGUGUAUUAUACAAUAGCUUAGAAUGUUAUCUGAAGUAUCUUGAAAAAAUAUUGUGAGCUUUGUGAUAAUUCUCUUCUUGGUCUUUUUAAAAAUGUUUUCCUUGAUACUUAAAGAUAUAUUUUUUCUUUAGGUAAUUCUCUGAAUUCUAGUUUCUUGUGCUUUUUUUAUAGAGAUUGGAUAUAGGUGCAGCCUAACUAGUCUUUGGUAACUAUGUUUCCCUCCUUGUCCAACAAAGAAUGGAGGUUCUCCUUGUCCCUCCUUUUGCUGUUGAUGCAUUUAUAAAAAUGCUUUUUGUUGUCCUUAACAGAAGUGGCCAGAUUACAUUCAAAUUGUGCUUUUGCCUCUCUAAUUUUCUUUCUAUAUGACAUAACUACAUAUGACAAACACUUCAUGAGUUGCCUGCCCUUUUUUCCGAAAGUGAUAGACUCUCUUUUUUUCCCUAAUUUCCUGCAAAAUCUCCCUGUUCAGCCAGGAUGGUCAUCUUUCCCACUGGUUCACCUUUGGGCACAUAGGAACAGCCUGCUCCUGUGCCUUCAAGAUUUCUUUCUUGAAGCAUGUCCAGCCUUCCUGGACCCCUUUUGUUUUUAAGGGCUGUUUCCCAAGGUACCCUCUGAACCAGCCUCCUGAAUGGGCCAAAGUCUGCCCUCCGGAAGUCCGAGGCUGAGGUUUUGUUGACAUCCUUCCUUACUUCACCAAGUAUUGAAAACUCUAUCGUUAUGUGAUCACUGUGCCCCAGACAGCCUCUGACCACCACAUCUCCCACAAGCCCUUCUCUGUUUGUAAACAGCAGGUCUAGCAGGGCCCACCCUGGUAGGUUCAUUUAUCAGCUGCAACAAGUUAUCCUCCAUACACUCUAGGAAUCUCCUAGACUGCUACUCUUCUGCUGUGUUGAGUUCCCAGCAGACAUCCGGCGGGUUAAAGUCACCCGGAAGAAUAAGGGCUGGUGAUUUUGAAACCUCCACCAGCUGCUUGUAGAAUAAUUCAUCACCCUCUUCAUCUCAGUAUUGAACUUAAAGUAAUAGAAUGCUAUCAUUCUUUCCUUUGUAAGUAUGAAAAAAUAUUUGAUACUGAAUGUUGAUUUCUCUUUGGGGAACAAGCUGAGAUGCAGUUAGGUUUGGUCUUGAAUGUACAGAUGAAUAUUACUGAUUUUUGAUCAUAUUUUGGAAAGUUAACUUUCACUUUAAGAUAUUUUUCUUUCUAGAAUUUCCUUUUAAAUAAAUUAAUUUUAAGUAAAUUUAAUUUUACUGUACCACAUUUUAAAGAGGUAUUUCUUUCAAACACAGUGUAGUGGGUUGACCCUGGUCAGAUGCCAGGUACCCACUAAAGCCACUCUCUCCCUCUGCAACUGGACAGAGGAGAGAGAGCUAAAAAAUGAGCUAAAGAUUCAUGAGUUGAGAUAACGGCUGGGAGAGGUCAGUUACUGAUUACCUUCACUGGGAAAACAGACUCAAAGUGGGGAUAGUACUUAAAUGUAUUACUAACAGGAUCAGAGCCAAAGAGUGAGAAAUAAAACAAUCUUAAAAACACCUUCCCCCCCCUCCUGCCUUCCAUGUUUUCCCCCAGCGGUGCAGGGGGACGAGGAAUGCGGGUUACGGUCAGUUGUUGUUUCUGCCACUGAUCAGAGAGAGGGGUCAUUCCCCUGCUCCUGUGGGGGCCCUCCCACAGGAGACAGUCCUUGAUGGACCUCUCCAAGGUGAGUCCAUCCCUCAGGCAGCAGUUCUUCCCAAACUGCUGUCCCGUGGGUCACUCCUCCAUGGGGUGCAGUCCUUCAUGAACGAGCUGUACUGAUGUGGGUCCCCCACAGGGGCCACAAGUGCUACCCGGGAAAAACCUGCUCCAGCAUGGGCUUCCCUCUCCACAGGCUACAGGACCUUCCUCUCUGGCAGGACCCUGCUCCAUCUUGGGCCUCCCUCGGGGUCACAGCCUCCUUGGGAUAUCCGCCUGCUCCAGCACGGGCUCCUCCAUGGGCUGCACCACGGGCUGCAGGGCCUCAGCUCUGGUACCUGGAGCACCUCCUGCCCCUCCUUCUGCACUGACCUUGGUGUCUACCUCGUUGUUCCCAUGUUCUCACUCCGCUCUUCCCUGGCUGGAAUUCUUUCUGUGCAAUACCUUCUGUUCUUAAAUAUGUUAUCACAGAGGCAUUACUGUUACUCCUGAUUGGCUCAGCCUUGGCCAGUGGGAGGAAGUCUGUCCUAGAGCCAGCUGGCACUGGCUCCACCAGACAGGGGAAGCUUCUGGCAGCUUCCAACAGAAGCCACCCCUGUAGCCCCGCCCCUGCUACCAAAACCCAACCACAGAAACCCACUACACAUGGCUUUUAUGUACUUUUAACUAUUGCAGAAUUUGUUUCGGCUGUAAUGUUUUGCCACUCAUUCUUGUUGUUUUUUUCAUUAACUUGUAUGAAUUGUAUGACUUUAUCUUUCUAGAAGAAAGGCUAUGUUUCUACCAUGAUGUGAGUAUUCUGUAGUAAAGUUUUUCAAAUUUUUUCUCUGAAUUAUUUUUGCAAAAUCAGCCAGAUACUCUAGCUUGCUUUCCUUUAAUGCGUGUUGGUUAGAGAUGUAGUGUUAAAGAAACUUGUAGUCCAGGCUGCCCUUGACUUUCACAUUUCCCUCCUUGUUGGGAGAACAAGAUCCAGCAUAGCACCUCUCCUCCUUGGCUCCUCUAUCACUUGGAGAAGUAAGUUACCAUCAACACAACCUCCUGGAUUGCUUAUGCCCUGCAGUGUUGACAGAUACUGGGAUGGUUGAAGUCAUGAGGACCAGGGCUUUUGAAUGUGAGGCCACUCCAAUCUGUCUGUAAAGGACCUCAUUUGCUUGGUUUUCCUGGUUGGGUGACCUGUAGCAGACCCCCACUAUAAAGUCACCUGUUCCUGUCCUGCCUUUAAUCCUGAGCUAUAAGCUAUAAGCUCCUCAUACAUCCCCAGGUGAAGGUGCACGCGCUCCAGCUGGUCGUUGACAUAGAGGGCAACACCACCUCCUUGUCCACCCUUCCUGUCCUUCCUAAAGAGCCUGUGUCCUUCCAUUCCAACACUCCACUCUUUGGAGCCGUCCCACCAUGUCUCCAUGACAUGCCAAUGAGAUCAUAGCCCUGCAUCCAUGCACACAUCUCUAACUUCUCUUCUUUAUUCCCCGUCUUAUGUGCUAUUGCCUUGAAGUUGGGACCCCAAUGAAGCUGACUUGUUGGCUAGAAUUCCUUUUUGUUGCUCUUCAGGUGCUUUCCUGCUGACCUUUGAUCCCUCUUCAUGCUCUGGGCAUCUAUUGAUGGCAUCAGACUGGUAGGACUGGGAUGGACUGAGGUUCCCCUCCCUCUGGCACCUUUAGUUUAAAGCUCUCCUCACUAGCUUGGUAAGCCUAUGACUGAAGUUGCUCUUCCCUUUCUCUGACAGAUGGAUCCAUCAGCCCCCAGUAGACCCAGUUUCUCAAAGCAAGUCCCAUGAUCCAAGUCAAACUGGGCACCAGUCCCAGAACCAUUUGUAGAUUGACUAGAUUCACCUGGCCCUUUCAAACAGCUCUCCUUUGACUGUGAGGAUUGAUGAAAAAACUACCUGCAGAGACUUACAUUUUUUUUAAUUUAAGAAAAAUCUGAGUGGGGAUAUUUAUGAUGUUUCCUUUUUGGUUUUGUGGCACAACUGUUGUGCAUCUUUUUUGAUUCUUCUUUUUCUUUUUCUGCAACUGAAUUAUUCUUGUCAACUUACUUACAGAUUUGUGUAUGUCUUAAAGAUGCUGCCUGUUAGGGAGAUCUGCUUUUACAGGAUGUGCAGACAAGCUUCAAAGCUAACUGUACAUCUUAAUGUUUGCUUAGCAGAAUGAAGGCAUUAGUUAAGGCUAGUUUUUCUCAUGGGAUAUUCUGCCUUGAAUUAUUAAAAGCACAAACAUAACCCCAUCUUUAUCAAAAUGCACUGUUACUGAAGGAUUGUGGCAAAAGGAAUAAUUCUUAUAUUUUGUGCUUGACUCAUUAGUGCCUGGCUGUAAAAGCAUAGUUGCAUCUCAGUUCUUGAUUCUCUAAAGCAUAUUUUAGCAAAUCCCUUGAUAUCUGUGAAAAGAGCAGGAUUUGGGAAAGAAUGAUAUUAUUCUACAGAUUCUUACAGUGAUGUAGGAUCUAAAGGAACCUCUAGAGGCCUUAAUCCUACCUCUUAUUCAGAUUACGGACAACUUUGAGCAGUUGCUCAGAGAAUUGUCCAUGUAAAUUUUCAGUGUUUCCAAAAAUGAAGUUUUCACAAAUUCUUUGUUCCUGUGUUUGGCAGUCCUUACUGUGAAUUUGCUUCCCUAAUAUGUAGUUAGACUUUAAACAUACUGCAUCCUAUAAAGGUCUGUUGCCAUUUAACCUGUUAACUGUGUAAUUCCCAAGAAGAUUCUAGCUUCAUCUUCUCUAUACUGUAGCCUUGAGUUUUUAAAGAUAGGUUUAUAAUUUCUUUAACAUGUAUUAUUAAUUUCUGUUUAAAUCAUUUGUGAAGUACCUGAUAAUGUGCGCAGUGUAACCUGGAAUUUGUACUCUAAAACACUAGUAGGUACUGGAAAUUGCUGAUGUAGGUACUGGAAAUUGUAGAUUUUUUACUCCCCAGGGAAGUGAUCACAGCACCAAACCUGACAGAGUUUGAGAAGCAUUUGGACAGUGCUGUCAGGCACAUGGUGUGACUCUUGGGGUGUCCUGUGAAGAGCCAGGAGUUGGACUUGAUGAUCCUUGUGGGUCCCUUCCAACUCAGCAUAUUCUGUGAUUCUAUGACUGUGCCUUUGUUUAUGUCAUGGUCACAAAUAAACUCUGGGUUACCUCUGAUUCCAUUUUUUUGGAUGGAUGCACACUUGGUUCAAAGUGUAAUAAGGCCUUUUUAACAACCCAGGAGCAGCUAAGUGCCUUUUCAAAUGAUCCUUGGUUUGUUGUAUAAUGGUAAAACUUCUGUUUCUUUGAAUUUCUUCAGAAGUCUGUAAAUAUCUGAACAAAUUUCCUAAACUUUGAUAAUUUAACUCAGUUGCCUUGUCUGCUGGUUCUCAGUUGCUCUGUUGUUGUGUACUGAUAGAUUGAGAUCCUUCUUAUGCUGAAGAUAUUCCAUUUAUCUAUGGAGAUUUGCCUAUAGGUGACAUUUUCUGAUUACAGAUAGCAAACUUGUGUUUGUAUGCCAGAAAAUCUAUUAGUGUUUGUUGAUAAUACUGCCAGUGAGGUUUAUGUGAUCAGUUCUCUUGCUCUCCUCUGAUUCAUGUCAGUAGGAAAGUGAUAAGUUCUUCUUUUAUAAGGGACGUAGAUCUACUACUUGUCAUUUUAUGCUGCUAUAGCUUAUACUUCUGUUUUUCAAAUGAGAGGUCAGCUGCUUACAAAAAGCAUUGCUUUGCCUUUACCUUUGGCAGUGGUAUGUUGUUAAUUAGUGGUAUGUUGUUAAUUAGAUCAGAACUACCAGACUUAGUAUUGUUGCUGUUGUGCUAAAAGGAUGCUGGUCAGAUUGCACAGAAUUUUUUUCUUUAAAUUAACUUUAUCUUCUGAGAUUUUGUUUGCUGUAUACAAGACUGUUUGCCUGCUCUUUUUAAAGCAAAUCCUAACAGUUGAAGUGGAAAAUUUCUGAGGUACUUAACUUCAGGGUUUUAUUACCAGGGGAUGUGAUACAGAAACAAAAUUGUACCAAAGUUUUUGUGCCUUCAGAAGUUUUAUAUGUAGGGUUUUUCAUAUCUGUUGCUGUCUUAAUUAUAAUAAAUAUAUUUCCCCUUCUGGAAAUUGUAUAUUUAUAUUGUUAGAAAUUAUUGUUGUCCACUGACUAUAUAUGAAGUGAAUUACCUAUAUGAAGUGAAUUACAGCUGUUUCAGUACAGAUUUAAUUAUCCCCCUGCCUUUUCCAUUGCAGUUUUUUCUUUUGUACUGCAAUAUGCAGGAAUUCAAGCAUAACCCAUGUAUUUCCAACUUUAGGUAAUAAUAACAGGUACCUGGAGCAGUCCCAAAGAAAAGAAAUAGUUGAAGGUCUAAAUGAAGAAAGCUUUUACCUUGGCAGACUAAUGUCUUCACUGUAAGCAGUUUCUCGGGUCUCAGAAACUCUACAAUAUUCAUGAAUGGGAAGCUACCAUGCAUAAACUUCCUUCUAAGCACUUUCCAAUUAAUUUUGAAUAUGUUUUACACUUACUGCAAAAGUUCACCCUGGAACUGCAGCAACACAAGACCAAGGUUGUUAACCAAGCAGAUUCUUGCACCAAUCAGAAUGUCAUUUCACUCUCUGACCAAAGACUGUUCUAAUUUUACUGAGACAUGUGAAAAACCUUUUUUCUCUCACACUCCUUUCUGAUGGGAAGACCCAAUGCCAAGUGGACUUUGUUUGAGACUUCUAUUGGUGAUUGAAACAAUGGAAAAUGAGAUUGUAAUGUGAACCAAAUGGUGUGAGAUAAGGCAAAAGGUUAAUGGACUACUUUUAGUACUGUAUUCAAGACACAGAAACAUGUCUAAGAAUUGCUGUCAUUCCCUCAUUUUACAUGAUCUGUUCAUAAGUGUUCCCUUUCAGUUUAUAAAAAUGUUCAUCUAACACAAGAAAAUACUGUAAAUAUUUGUAACAUCAUGUUUUGUUUUGUUUUUUUUUUAACCUGGCAAAAAAGUGUUUGGGGGAACAAAUGGGAAUGUAAACUGUUUUUAUAUAAAAAAGAUUGUCUGUAUAUUUUAAUAAGCAACAGCUUUCAUUUGUGAAGUAUCUUACGGCAUUGCUUGAAAAGUAUUCCAUGUCUGUUGAGAUGACUUAAAACUGAAAGAAGAUAUAAGAUGUAUUAAAGAAACCUAUUUUGGGACUGUGUAGUGCAUGGUGAAUUCGGUUAUGCUGUAAUAUAUUCUGUUUGUUUAGGUUAGUGUGUUUUCUGAUUAUUUAGUACCUAUACCUAGCUCUUUUCCUAACUAGUUGUUGUAGCAUGUCUUUUAAUAAAUGUCAUUACAGCUGUACUCUCUUAAA